CCGCCCCGAAAAUAAACCAUCAAGCCUUUCAAUCGACUACAUUUCGUCUCUCAAUCCAUCUUUGACAAUCCCCCAAUCCGUCAUCCAUCAUCCACAAUGUCGACCAGAUGGGAAGUGACCUCGUUCUCCGUCCAGACAAGCACUGCGGACGGUCGGUCGGACGCUCUCUAUGCCAAUGGCAGGAUGCAAGUUCCUGUCAUUGUUGUCAUCAGAGCGGUUACCGAAGGGACUUUCAGCCCGUACCAGUUGACCACCGCGGAGCUCCAGAGGAUCCUCCUGGUUGACUACCAUAAUACCGCGAGUGAAAUUACUGGGGACUGGUUCUAUUCCCGCAUCGAGAACGAGUUUGCGCACACCCUGACCGGUGGGAGAGACCCAGCACAGCCCAUCCUCGAGCCUGGAGCACAAGCUGUCUUCCUAUGGGUCUCGACCACCAGGAUCGCAAAUAGAAACAUCGGGGCGCGAAUCACCCAGCCGAAUGGGACAAUUAUUACCACGAACAGCUCCAGCUUCAACUCCCAAGUGACACUCACCGGCAUGACACCCUUGUCCUACAAUACGAACAACGUCAGCAUUCGACGUGAGGAUACGGAGGAAGGAACCUGGAGAUUUGAUAUCGUCUCCUCGGGGACGGUAGUCUCAAGCAGUGCAAACCGCUGGGACCAAGACAACUACUACAUCACCCUAGACAAUCACCAGGUUCUGCUGAAAGCCGACGUCUAUGGCUACGAUGCGACUGGAAGUCAGAAUGGCGUGCAUAGUGACCCUCGCUUGGCGAACUCUUUUGCCUACUACAGCGAAGCGAACAUGAACCUCUCGAUAUUCUAUUUCUGGCCGGUUGGUCCAGAAGCCACCAAAGCAGUCGGCGCCUAUCGGGAAUUAAACUGGACUAGCUCCUAUAAGUUUGUCGCCAAUGCAUUCGCCAGUAUCAGGGUCAACCAGACGAGAAAUGCACUGUGUCUUACGCGCAUGCUGUUCGUUGGCGGCAGCAAUGCUCUGUGGGGUCAGGAAUGGUCGAUGGACACGUGGUUCAGGCUCUAUGACCAGUUUGGUAACAGCGGCGACUUUGCGCCAGUUAUCCACAGCAAGAACACCCUUUCCCUGGAGAACAGGAAUAUGAGGUCCGAGGGCGCCAGAUCAGAGGCUAAGCUGUAGGGCCAGCAGACAUGCUUACUGAUAUGUAUUUGCGAGCCCUUUUUAUGCCAAUCCUUGACUCGAUGAACGGGCCUGAUCUCGUCUGAUGGAAUCCUGAGUGUUCAACCGCUAGGGAAUCGUCUCUGCGAUUAACAGUGUGGAGAGAUCAAGACGAUCAAGCCUAGCCACUUGAAUGGCCGGUUGUGAAUUACCAGAGUUGAAUGCAGU